CCCGAGUGCACAGCAUUUCGCGCAGGCGCUGUGCAUCCCCGAUCGCAGUUGCUUCCUAGUCGUCGGUACGUUUGGAGGUUACUUUCGUGCUUCCCCAAGGACCAAAAAUGAUCUUCGCUUGCUCCAAUCUCGUUGCCCCGGUCUCCAGGACCUUGGUGUCUGCGGCUUCUCGCAACUGCAUGCGGCCACUCUCAUCGACGAUUAGCGUGAGCAAGCUUUUUGAUGAGCAAAACCAGAGUGUGGCACUUUUGGGUCGACAGGAGGUUCGCACCCUCCAGACAAGUGCAGUGCGCAAGGACAUUGACUCCGCGGCUAAGUUCAUUGGUGCCGGUGCCGCCACAGUAGGAGUGGCCGGCUCCGGAGCUGGUAUCGGGAGCGUGUUCGGCAGCCUUAUCAUCGGCUAUGCCCGCAACCCAUCCCUGAAGCAGCAGCUCUUCUCUUACGCCAUCCUGGGAUUUGCCUUGUCCGAGGCCAUGGGUCUCUUCUGUCUUAUGAUGGCCUUCUUGCUGCUGUUUGCUUUCUAAGCAUUCAUUUUCCACCCAUGUUUUCUUGGGGGGAGACAGAGGUACCGCUCUCGUAGGAAGGAUCAUUUGUAAAUGUAACGGGGGACCGAAUAAAGUGUUAGCCACAUGUCC